CAUCACUGUGUGUGUGUGUGUCUUCAGGAAGCCUCUCACACACUGCAGUGGAAAGCAGGGUGGCUGCUGCUGCACUCGGCCAUGCACUGAACGAUGGUGCAUCAGGAGAAAUGUGUUUACCAGGCCCAGAGGAUCGAGAGGGAGUCCAUCAGACAGAAACUGGCCCUCGGCAGUUUCUAUGACGACGGGCCUGUUUUCUUCGCCAGCAACAGCUGCCCGUCCCCGCGGUUUCAGAAUGGUGUGAACCUGCAGGUGUGCUUCGUGAAUGACAGCAGCAGUGAUAAGGACAGCGAUGCUGAGGACAGCAGGACAGAGACGAGCCUUGAUACGCCCUUGUCUCCUGUGAGUAAACAGAGCUCGUCUCUCUCGGAAGAGGAAGAGGACGGGGAAUUUUGGCGGCUGCAGCGGCGGCUUGAGGAGGAAGCGCGCGGGGCUCUGGCUCUCGCUCGGCCCAUGGCACGCAUGCAGGUGGAAGUGGAGAGACAUGUGCAGCUACACCGCAGGUCUCCGGUGGCCGAUCUGUUGCCGCACAUGCCACACAUCAGCGAGAGUCUGAUGAAGAGGAGUCUGAGGCCCGUGGACCUCAGAGACAUGAGUCUGGGUCAGUUACAGGUCAUCACCAAUGACCUCCACUCACAGAUACAGGGUCUAAACGAGGAGCUUGUGCAGCUGCUGCUCCUGAGAGACGAGCUUCAUGUGGAGCAGGACGCCAUGCUGGUGGACGUGGAAGACCUGACCAGGCAUGCGCACAGUCAGCAGAGACACAUAGAAAAGUCCAAAAGAAAAGGCGCCUGCUCCCUGUGACCUCCUGACCCUCUGGAGCAGUUCAAGGUCGUUCGACGAUGAGCCAUUAGUGUUGUGGUAGCGCUCGCAACUCAGCUUAACUAGACGUGUGUGUCUCUUUUCAUGUGUUCCAAGCUUUGUAUGGAUGUUUUCAGUGUCAAUCAGACAUGCCGUGAGCUUUCGUGCUUGCCCACGCUAAAGCAGAGGAAUGUUAAGGUUCUCGGUGUAAGACCUGCGGGCUCACGUGAGGCGUAAAACCGAAAAGCUCUCGAGCUGUCUGCAUGUACUUACAGUUUACAGGGGUGCCGUAAAUUAUAUAUAUAUAUAUCUCAGCAUUGCUAGAUAUUGUUAAGCUAUAUGUGUGUAAGGCCUGCAGGGUGCUGAACGAAGCGGAUCUCACAGAACAUCUAUAAGAAAUGCAACAUACUGCAGCGACCAUAAAUUGGUUAGGAAAAUUCCCCUAAAAAUCAAAUACUAAUUAUAGAAUUUUAAUUAUAGUUAUAAUACUAUAAUUCUAGUUAUUAUAUCAUUAUAGUUAUAUUUUUGUAAUUUUAUAGUUAUAUAAUGUUUUGUUCUAGUUAUUCUAGUUAAUUACAGCUGUAAUUCCAUAAGUCUAGCUAUUUCGUAAUUGUAGUUAUAAUUCUAUAACUCUAGGAUUAUAUUUCUAUUAUUAUAGUAUUCUCUAAUUCUAUAAUUUUAUAGGUAUAGUUCUAUGAUUAUUGAAUUCUAAUUGUAGUUGUAAUUGUGUAAUUCUUGCUAGGCUAUAAUUAUAGUUAUAAUUCUAUAAUGAUAUCAUUAUAAUUACAGUUAUAAUUCUCCAAUUUUGGCAUUAUAGUUAUAACUCUACAAUUAUGAAGUUGUGGUUAUAGUUCUAUAAUUCCAUAGCUAUCAUUUUAGUUAUAAUUCUAUCACUGUAGUUAUUCUACAAUUUUCGCAUUACAGUUAUAGUUCUAUAAAUAUUGAAUUAUAAUUCUAGUAAUUACAGAAUUUUAAUUCCACACAAAAGUACAGAAUUAGAAUGAUAGCAAGCCACUUUUACGAUAUGUUUUGAGAAUUUGCAGCCGUAUUAGCAAAGGUUGAACUGCCUUCUGUUAUAAAUAUAGUAUAUUCUUAAAUCUUUUGGCUUUAUCCUUGGUUUAGUCGCCCUAAAGCAUCGCAGCACACUUUGUCAAAUGGUGGAGCAGUAAACGUGUGCCUUGGUUUAUUAUUUUUUAAAUUUGCACUGCCAGACAAAUGUUAUUGAAUUUAUGAAGUUUUUUUUUUUUUACCCAUUAUUGGCAAUAAGUGAAAAUCGCUAAAUCUUCAUAUUUAAGGACAUCGUUUAAUCUCAGUUUGUAAUGAGACUCUAAAUGAGUCUCAAUGUUAUUAUACAUUAAUUUAUGAGACAGUGUUAAUAUCACAUGUAAUAAUAAUAUAUACAUUAAAGUGAUCUAGGUCAGCCUUUUCCAGUUAGAGCCAGAUUUCUUCCCACUAAAAUAAAAAGUCACACAUUGCUCAGUUCACUUAGACCUAUUUCUUACUUAGAUUUUCUGAACCCAGAUUAUGGAAGUUUAACUUGAAGUGUUUAAAACCUUUUGACCGGCAAUGCAUUGCUUCAAAUGCUCAUUUAUCAUAUAAUUCUAGCUUAUAGUGUUCUGUGUUUGCUAAUAAGCUUCAUUUGUUAAGUUCGCUAACGUAGGUAACACAAGAUUACAUCCCAGUACUGAAGCAGGGUAAAGAGAUUACUUUUAAGUAAAUUUUAAAAUGUUUGAAGCUUUUAUUUCCAUCUAAAAUCACUGAAUGUCAUUAUACAAGACAUACUAACCACACUUACAUCACCACAAAAAAUUUUGUAUUAAUUAUUUAAGAACACUGUUGUCCUUGUAAUGUUGUCCUUGUAAUGUUGUCCUUCAUGCUAACUCACACUAACCACAACCUUAUACAUGAGCUGGCAACUAUGAUACCAAAACUAAAGGUUGUUUUGCCACAAUAGUGUCAGCAAGAUUCCAGCUUAAAGUUUAACUGCCAUCAGGUGUAAAAAUAACCAAAGCAAGUUUUUGAUUCUCUUGAUGAUAUUAAGCAACAUUCCCAUUAAUCAUUAAAGAUUCCAGCUUAUAGCAUUUUGUUUGCUAGUAAACAGCCUCCGUUUGCUAAGGUGUGCUAAUGUGGCUACAGCAAGAUUACAUUCCAGUGUUGAAGCAGGGUAAAGAGAUUAUAGCUAAAGUGACAGGUAUUUAAAAAAAAAAACUACACUAUGGCUACGAACAACCUUAGAAAAAAAAAGUAACACUUAACAUUAUUUCUGGAUCAUAUACGAUUUGCGCAAGAAAUGUUAAGAGCACUUAUCUUUUCCCUUACCAUUAACUUUACUUAAUCUCAACUACACACAAGCAUAUAAAGGUAUAAACCAUUUCUUUCAAAAAAAAUUUUAAUUACAACAAACCUUUUCUUGAAAUAGUAACAGUGUUAGCAAAGAAAAAUUUUUAACUGCCAUCAGGUGUAAAUGUAACCAUAGGACUUUGUCAAAUUUUUAAAUUAAUGCUUAAUUAAAGUAGCUAAAGCUAGCUUACAUUCCAAUAAUGAAGCAUGUUAUGAGAUUAUCUAAGUAAAUAAACAAAAAAUGAUGUAACGAAAUAGUCAAUAACCAACAGACGACUGUAAAAUGAGCUGAAGUCGUAAAAUGAGCUGUGAGUGCUGAGCUUAUUCCUCGCCGCAAAGUUGAACUAUUUGUAACUUUACUUCAGUUGGUUAGUGUGGUUUCUUAUGAGAAGCUAAUUUUCCGUUGGCCAACAUCUUUUUUGUUGUUUCUUAAAGAAAGGUCCUGUUGCAAAUGACUAGCUAUAACUUCCAUUUGUCCCAAAAUGACAAAUCUAGCCAAUUUCGAAUCGCAAAAUAAACUGUAGUAGACCUGGAAAUGAACCGAACUGGUAUAAAGGACUUCAUUAUAGAAAAGUUCGUAAGUCAACUUCUUUCUAGCUACUUUUGGAAGAGAUAGUUCUUAUAGUUAACUGUGCUUUCCUAAAUGAUUAUGGUUGAAAAGUCAAUGUUUGAAUGUCAACAUUUAGCAGUAACUUACACAAAAUGUUCCACGAAAUCUGGUUCAUUAUUAUUGAAGUUAUGUGAUACCUAGAAAAAUCCAUUUCCUGGCAGUGUGAGGAAUCUUUGUAUGAAAGUGAAAAAUGAACUGAAAUGAGCAGAUUAGCAGUUAGUGUUGCGCUUUCAUUUUCAUCAUGAACAUUUAUGUGUAGAAUUUCAAGAAUUUUAUUUUUCACCCUUUCAGACAUGUGACAGGUUUACUGACUGGAAGAUCAGAAGUCUGGAAUCAGAUAUGCUAAAGGAAAAAAAAUUGAUCAAUAAAAAACUUACUUGCAGACA